CGUAACGGUACUUUUUUAGGACGCAAAUUACUAUCGUGCUUAUGUUACAAUGACAGCUAAUGCAAAGUUUGAAUAUUCCAAAGACCUCGAAAAUUUGAAAGGGAAUGGAACGACGUCCGACAUCGCGAUCUGCGCGUUGUAGUUUACAGACGACCUUCCGUCGUUACCUCAAACCGGCGGAUUGAUCCGAAUACACCACAGUUCCCAGAAGGCAAUCGGCCACAAUAACACACGUCAUCGAGCACGUGAUCAUUAAGCGGAGCCGACCAAAAUCCCAAACAAGGAAAUGGUGGGGUAAUAAAACGAUCGGAUCAUUUAAUUAAUGCAUGUUAUAAUUUAUAUUUUAUUUUAUUGUAAAUUAAGAAUUAUUUAUGGGUUAAAAUGGACCACGACUUCAAAACGAAGCUCGCCGCCGAGAGGGAGAGAGUGGAAGAUCUGUUUGAAUUUGAAGGUUGUAAAGUGGGUCGCGGCACAUACGGGCAUGUUUAUAAAGCGAAGCGAAAAGACGGGAAGGAUGAGAAGGAGUAUGCUCUCAAACAGAUCGAAGGCACUGGUAUUUCCAUGUCUGCCUGCAGGGAAAUUGCUUUGCUGAGAGAGUUAAAGCAUCCAAAUGUCAUCGCCCUGCAGAAAGUAUUUCUCUCUCACAGUGACCGCAAAGUCUGGCUCCUGUUUGACUAUGCUGAGCAUGACCUGUGGCACAUCAUAAAAUUUCAUCGAGCAUCAAAGGCCAACAAGAAACCCAUGCAGCUACCGAGGGGGAUGGUGAAGUCUCUUCUUUACCAAAUCUUAGACGGCAUCCAUUACCUUCAUGCCAACUGGGUCCUGCACAGAGAUCUGAAACCUGCCAAUAUCCUGGUCAUGGGGGAAGGCCCAGAGCGAGGAAGAGUCAAAAUUGCUGAUAUGGGUUUUGCCCGACUCUUUAACUCUCCACUGAAGCCGUUGGCCGAUCUGGACCCAGUGGUCGUCACAUUCUGGUACCGAGCCCCAGAACUACUGCUCGGGGCGAGACACUACACCAAAGCAAUCGAUAUUUGGGCAAUAGGCUGUAUCUUUGCGGAGCUGUUGACGUCAGAACCAAUCUUUCAUUGCCGACAAGAAGACAUAAAGACCAGCAAUCCUUUCCAUCACGACCAGUUGGAUCGCAUAUUUAGCGUCAUGGGCUUCCCAGCAGAUAAAGACUGGGAAGAUAUCCGGAAAAUGCCAGAAUAUCCAACUCUACAGAAAGAUUUCAGAAGAACCACAUAUGCCAACAGCAGUCUUAUCAAAUACAUGGAGAAACAUAAAGUCAAACCAGACAGCAAAGUGUUUCUACUGCUCCAGAAGUUGCUGACUAUGGAUCCCACCAAAAGAAUCACUUCUGAGCAGUCGCUGCAGGACCCAUAUUUCCUGGAGGAUCCCUUACCUACGUCUGAUGUAUUUGCUGGAUGUCAGAUUCCCUACCCCAAACGAGAGUUUCUAUCUGAGGAUGAACCAGAGGAGAAAACAGAGAAGAACCAGACACAGCAGCACCAGCAGAUGGCUGCGCAGACGCAGACACAAACGCAGACACAGCAGGCUCCAACCCAACAGAGCUCAGCGCAGACGAACGGCACAUCAGGCACUGCAGGGGCCAACACGGGCCCCUCCAUACAGCAUGGACAGGAACAGGGGCCACCAAACAAAAAACCUCGCACCUCAGGAACCAGUGUUCUUCAAACAGACUACCAGCACUCCAGCUCGCGGCUCGGCUACCAGAGCAAUGUCCAAGGCUCUACCCAGUCGCAAAGCACUAUGGGAUACUCAUCCUCAUCUCAGCACUCUCAUCAGUCACAUCGAUACUGAGACUCAAAAUCCUACUUAAGCACUUAAAAGAAAUAUUAACCACGAGCAUUAAGCCAGGCACGUCAGAGUUGUGAUUCAAAUGAAUUGCUGGCCCUUGUCCCAUAAUAUGGCCCCAACAUAAACACAAAAAACCCAAGUUUAUUCUCUCACAGCUAUCUACUCCAACCAAAGCACAACUUUACAAUCCCUUUAUUUCGCUCCUCAAGAGAACCAGAGCCAUAAUUGGGCAUUUUCCUCAAUAUCUCAACAGUUUUUCAAUUUAUUGUAUUAAAACUUCCACCAGCUCCAACACCAACCAAACCUAAUAGUCUGCUGACUGUUUAGCAUCUUUAUGCAUUCUCAAUUCAUUUUACCAUGGUUAGACCAAAACAGUCUCAAAAUGAUCAGGUAAAUGCUAUUGGGGUCAUAGCUACCUUGUUACAAUGGGGUCAUUAAGCUGGCGUCCCACUGGCCGACUCCAAAAAACUAGCAUUUCAUCAGAGCAAUCAUAGCUACCAAAUCUGACCAUUUACAGUGUUCCAGUGACAAGUCAUUUUCUCUAUCAUCACUGCUUCAAGAUGUGUCCCAGAUAUUUGAGUCAUGAGGAAACGGGACUGUCCUGGCUGAGAAUGGUUAGAAAACAGAUUAACUUGAAAGAGAAGUCACA